AUGCAUCGAAAAAACCCUCGUUCGUGUUCCCCGUUACAAAUGAAAAGAAUUGUUUUGUGACUCUCCAGUAUCAUGCAUGAGUUUAAAACAAAAAUGUGUCGUAGAACGAAACACACAAAAAUUUAAUAUUUUUAAAAAAAAGUGAGUAAUGAUGGUAAUUUCGUAAAAAUAAGUGUCAAAAAAAAGUAAAAUAAAAAAAAAAUUACGAUAAUUAUGAUACACGAUCCCCAUAAAUAUUAUUAAUAAUAAAAGUGGAAAAUAGGUCAAAAAUGCAGUAAAUGUGCAUCAUUUUAUUUAUAAAUAAACGUGUACAAAAAAAAUAUUAAUAAAUAAAAAGUGUAACAAACAAGGAAACAUUUUAUCAUCCGCUUCCAUUAACGACACACCGCAAAAAGGAGCAAAAAAAAAUCUUGUCUUCGUCACUCAUCUUCUUCGCCAACACAGAAAAAAAAAUAAUAAUGCCAUUCGGUAGAAAAUCAUUAGAAGUAAUUACAUUGCCAGGAGCAAUAUUGGCAUACAAGUAUAGUCAGUUUAGACAACGGAGACGUGAGCAAGCAAGUCGUAAAGUGACUGAACGAGAACUCACAGCUUUGCACCAUAAAAUCGAAAAGCUGCUCAGCAAAUUGGAUGAAAGCGAACUCGAGCCGCCAACGAGCCAAGAAGAUGAAUGUGUCAUUUGCAUUAAUGCACGUGCGACAAUGCAAACAUCACCAUGUGGCCAUCGGGUUGUCUGCCGCCGAUGUUUCGUGAAAACGAUACAAAGUGCCGUCGCGCAACGAAUGUUGCCAUUGCGAUGUGUUAUUUGUCGAACACGAAUAAAUCGAUUGACGUCCAGCACGGGAACAUGGAGACUUCAAAAUUCAGCAAGUGCUUAUUCGAUGAGAGUUCCCGGAUCAUCAAGUUCCUACAGUGUCGAUGGUCGUGUAACACAAUCCGCGAGUCUUUUUUCCAUGAGUUCAGGAUCAUCUUGUACUUCAGGAAUGUCAAAUGCAACGAGUUGUUCAGCUACAUCUGCCACAUCCGGUACGUCGGGAGUGUCUUCCACGUCGUCUGCCUCAUCGAUAUCUGGGCCUCCAAAUCCGAAUCCACAUCCGCAUAAGCAUUCCGGCAGUUGUUCCACGGGAUGUUUGGGUGCUAUUCCACGAAAUCCUUCCUAUUAUCAUCAAUACCAAACUAGUAGUAGUGGUUAUAUUAGAAAACAUGGCCAGUAUUCGUUUAGACAUAGAACUCUUGAAAUGCCAAACAAAUUAUCGCCAAUCAAAGAAUUACCACUUAGAAGCAAUAACACAACAACCCAUAACAGUAGAGAUAGCAGUAGAGACAAUAGAUCUAACUCGAAUAUCAAUUUAGCAUCUAGUAACAACAAUACAACAACAAGUAGUAAUACGAAGAAAGGUUCCCAAUCUUCCAGGAGACGAACACCGUCGCCCGUGAACAAUCCAGCAGCGAGAUUCAAAAAUUACACGGAUCCUCCUGCGACAACGACGAAAAAUACUGACAGCGAUGCAAAAGCUGCAACCGCAAAACCCAGUAAAAUAAUAAUUAAUCGAGAGAAUAGCAGUAAUCAUAUCGAACAUGCGAAAAGUGGCAAAAAUAGUGGUCCAAAUAAACUUGGAUUGAAUUCAAAAGUUGUUCCUGUGGCAUCAAAAUCGCCGAUAAACAAGACAAACAUGGCAACGGGCAAACCAAUUACACCCGUGAAAGCUGCCACGACAUCGCGUGUGGUAAAGUCGGCGGGCAGCGGAACGCCAAGCAACAAGACAGCGACAACGAGUGGCAUGACGCGUUCCAGUAGCGCCUCGUGCGAGAGGAAUGACAAUAAAAGGAACGAAAAUAUCGAGAAAAAGAAGAAAGAGGAAAAAUUAAGACUGAAAUUAGAGAAGGAAGCGAAAAAGGAGGAACAACGCAUUGCCAAACAAGAAGCCAAAGAAGCGAAAGAACGUACAAACCGCAAAAAGAGCUUCUUUAGUCGUAACAAGGAGCCUAAAGAAGUCACUGAAGCACUUUUAUCUGCUGAGGUUACAUAAAUGUCAAAAACCCCGAAAAUUUUUUUUUCAUAAUUUUUAUUUUAUUGAGAAAUGGCUGCCAAAGACCUUUCAUCGAUCCUUACAAAGUGAAGUAGACCGAAAAAUAAUCAAAAAAGUUCCUUACAAA